GCUCUUAAAUAUGUAAUGAGAUGUCAUAAAUGUGAGAGUGAUAUACAGUAAGAGUAGAGUGUCAACAGCUGAAUUAAACCUUUCGAUUGUCAACACGGUCCAACCUAGACAAUCUAUGUUCCUGUAAACCUACAAAAUUGUUCUUCUGUUCCGCUGCUCUAACGCGGACAUUUACAUUUUUUAUAAUCCUUGUUCGUCCGUUGUCCUUCAGGAUUAUAUUUUAGAUACUACAAGUUUACCAAACACGUCACUGUUAAACAAAGAAAAGCCUUGGUCUUGAAACAAUCCACCCCAAGCAGCUGAAGAAAUAACGAACAAGUAAAUUUUGCGUGAUAACCCAAAGUAAGGUCUGUCGUUUAGAUCAAGCCAUCUACAAACUCACAACAUCGGGGAAUGCGAGGAAAGAAUAAAGUAUUGUACGAAUUAAGAAGAAUCCAGCUUUCAUGGGUGUUUAUAGAUCGGUCGAUCGAUCGGUUAAGAAAUAGAAAACGAGCCGACAGAAAGAAUAUUGGUGAUAAAAUACUCCAAGUGAGCCUUGAUGGUUCCUUCCAGGUCUUUGUGAAUUCCAAAGAAGUCGCUGUCAUUCUCAGGCAAAAGAUGCUUGAUCAUACAAAGACUGAUUUAGAUGUCAGAGUCACAGGAAAAAGAAUAUAAUGGAUAAUCAACAUGGAAACAAGCAAGAAAAAAAUGACAGACAAAAGAUCAGUGGCAUAACAAUGAAAAGGAAAUUGUGCUGUAAGGGAUUGUCAGUGAGACCACGCUGCAGUCGAAAGAUCUUCACACUAAGAAGACUUACGUGUUUCUCGAUAGCAGUGUACGUGCUAAUCAUCGUGUUUUCGUUGCAUACUUUUCGAGACAAGUUUGCAGUCGUUACUGAGCGGUUUGAAUCUCUCCCAAGUCAAGGGAGUCUGUUGAGAGCACGGAGUCCAUCAAUCGUAUCUACUUUGUCUUUAAAUACUACAAAUACCACAUUAUCGGUUGUGAAAACAACUGCACAGACCUUUGUGUCUCGGACAACAGUAAAACAAGAGAAUUAUAAUUCAAGUGACAAGGCGUUAAUGGAUAGUUGUCGAGGUUGGUGUCGUGGAAAAACGGAAAAUUCGUCAAAACCUUAUUUCUUAACAGCAGUCUUGCUCGUAAGAAUCUAUGUUAAAGACCUCGCUCAGUUAACGACAAGAGAAAUGAGGCAAUGGCUGUACUAUUUGCGAUACGCUGGAUUCGAGCAUGUAUACGUGUACGAUGCCUUUGUGUAUAAAGAAGAGUCACAAGAGCAAGCACUGAAGCAUUUAAUCGACGAAGGAUUUGUAACAUAUGUGGACUGGAGUCACCGAGCUUUUCCUUAUUCUAUCAGCGGUACACAACAUGCUGCUUAUCAAGACUGUAUCGUCAAGUUUGGACAUGAAUCUAUGUGGCAAGCUGCAAUCGAUAUUGAUGAGUACCCCUUCAGCCCUACAGAUCAGCAACCAAAGUUUGCGCAAAGGAAAGUAGCAAGCUUUAGCAAGGCGAUGCCUAUUGCUUCAGAACUAAGCAUGCAGAAUUUUCUGUUUUUAGGAAAACCUCUCGACAGUAAUGAACAUCCAUUGCUUAUCGAUCGACUAUGGCGGAGAACACACGGACCAGCUAACGCGCUUGUAAAGCCAAUCUAUAAGCCGAGUCACGUUGCACGAGCUGCAGUGCAUCAUAACGCUCUGUCAAAGGGAAACUCGGUGAAUUUUCCAGUGACUGAGCUUCGUAUGAAUCAUUAUUGGGGAGCGAGGCUGCAGAACUGGGGAGAUGACACACCAGAAAUCCUUGGUAAAACACAACCAGAUACUUCAAUGGAGACUAUUGUGAAAAACCUGAAGGACUGCAUCACUCAUUGUCUCCCGUCCGUGGAUUUAGUUUAUCGCAAAGAGUGGAGCUAAUUAGAAACAGAAUACAUAAUAUUGCAACUCAAUAUUACAAUCUAACUGGUUGCGCUGCAUUAUAUAGUAGUAUUCACUGUUACGCUGAUGAUUCACAAGUUUACAUUUCAUUUAGUUCUAACGACAGAGCUGAGCAACUUGCUGUGGUGAGGAAUAUAGAAGACUGCACCAGAGACAUCCGGUUUUGGAUGUUGAAUAAUGAUCUUAAAUUAAACGACGACAAGACUGAAUUCCUCAUUAUAGGUACGUCAUAACAGCUGGAAAAGCUAGACAAUAUCAGUAUUCGUGUGGGUGACUCAGAUAUUCAUCCCGUGCCAAUCGCGAGAAAUCUUGGUUCUUGGUUUGAUUCUAGUCUGUCCAUGGCAACACAUAUCAGAAAAAUCUGUGCCUCUUCAUUUUACUAUAUCUAUAAUAUUCGUCGGAUCAGAAAGUAUCUUCACAGCAGUCAACUGAGACUCUUGUCCGUGCAUUCAUAACAAGUCGCCUUGACUACUGCAAUGGUCUUUUAUAUGGACUACCAGAUUGCUUGUUAAAUAAACUGAAACGAGUACAGAAUGCCUGCGCCAGAUUGAUUUUUAAAGAACAGAAAUUUUGCCAUGUAACGCCUCUUAUUUAUGAAUUACACUGGUUACCGAUUAGAUACAGAAUCGAGUUUAAAGUGUUUUUAAUUACUUUUAAGAUUCUUAAUUUUUUUAGCGCUUACUUAUUUAUCGUCUCUGAUUUCUCUUAGGCUCCCAUCCAAAUAUAAUCUAAGGAAUUCUAGCGAUAAACUUUUAC